UCACAUCGAAAUUGUUGCACUCACCGAUUAGUUGCUCUUCUUUGCCGGUUGCGAACGGUUGGUUCUACUGUCUGGAUUUUUUAAUGCUCUUACUGUAUAUUUAAAUAAAUAAGUGGAAAGUUUUUACUCCAUCUUGCUAUUUUUGUGCUAUUCUGAAGUGCAGUUUUCGAAAUGGGAUUUUUGAAACGGUUCUUGUUUGUGGUAUUCCUAGCUGCUGUUGCAUAUAGAUUUCACGUUUUGCUAAGUUCAAAGCCACCACCAUUUUUAAGCGAUACCGAGUAUUGGGGACCGGACAGUGCUGCUAAUUAUAAGGAGAAUACCGCUAUUAAGGAAUUCGAUAUAAGCGUUGAACCAAAGGUAAUAGAAGAUCUGAAGGCACAAUUGUUACGUCCACUCGCGCUGCAUGAGCCCCUGGAAGGCAUCGGAUUUCAAUACGGUUUUAAUUCCAACUACCUGAAAAAUGUGGUCCAAUAUUGGCGCGACACUUAUUUGCCCAAGUGGAGUGAGCGCGAAACUUUUCUCAAACAGUUCCCGCAUUAUGAGACACAGAUUCAGGGCUUACGGAUUCAUUACAUCCAUGUGAAGCCGAAAUCCACCGAAGGCAAGAAAGUGAUUCCCCUGCUGCUGAUCCAUGGCUGGCCAGGAUCGGUACGCGAAUUUUACAAAAUUAUUCCGCUGCUUACGAAACCGAACCCCAACAGCGCCUACGUUUUCGAAGUGAUAGCACCUAGUUUACCUGGUUAUGGUUGGUCUCAGGUAAUAAUAUCCGGGCCCUCAAUGACUAACUUUGGUCCAGCCCAGUUGGCUGUGGUUUUGCGUAAUUUGAUGUUACGUUUAGGACUUGACAAAUUUUUAAUACAAGGUGGAAAUUGGGGUUCCAUAAUCGGAUGGCAUAUAGCCACUCUGAGACCUCAAAAUGUACUUGGUUAUCAUUCAAAUUUAUGUUUUAGUAACCACCAAUUAACACGAGUACAGAGCUUUCNACGCGUAUGGUUCCCAUUUUUCUUUGUAAAAAGCGAACAAAAAGUUUUCUUCAAACCUUUCGGCAAAGAGUUUACGUACAUCAUGGAAGAGUCUGGUUACUUCCAUAUUCAAGCAACUAAGCCAGAUACCAUUGGGACUACGCUCCUGCAGAAUCCUGUGGGUUUGGCUGCAUACAUCCUUGAGAAAUUCUCUACUUGGACCAACCCUGAAUACAAAAAACUUGAAGAUGGUGGUUUAACUAAACGUUUCACGCUGGAUGAGCUUUUGGAUAACAUAAUGAUCUACUAUACAACAAACUCGAUAACCACAUCGCAGCGUUUGUAUUCCGAAGCAUUUAGCUUCGCUCAAAUGGAUUUGAAUGUGGAUGCUGUGCAUGUUAACCAGCCCACCGGCUGUGCUCGAUUUGUGCACGAUUUGAGACAUUCAACCGAUCUUGAGCUUUCAACUAAGUACAAGAAUCUCAUCCAUAGUACAUAUCACAAAGAUGGUGGUCACUUUGCAGCACUUGAGUUACCACAAAUACUUUACAAUGACUUUGUAGAGUUUGUCGAUAAAGCGCUAACCCAGAAGCUGGCCAAUUAAAGAAAAUGUCGUGAUUUGACAUUGAUAAGCAACCAAAUAAUUUCCAUAUCUUUUUUAUGAAUAUUUUUGCUAAUAAAUUUUUAAAUUUAUCGCA